GUAUAAUUAAAAAGUGAUAAUUAAUUAUAGCAUAUUUAUUAAUAUUAUAUUAUUAUAUUAUAUAUAAUAUAUUAAUAUAUUAAUUAUAAAUAUAGCAAAUUGAAAAAAUUUAAUCAUGGUUAUUUAUGGUGUUUAUAUUGUAUCAAAAUCAGGCGGACUAAUUUUUAAUCAUGAUCAUAAUGUUCCGCGAAUCGAAAAUGAAAAAACAUUUAAUUUUCCACUUGAUAUAAAAUUAAAUUAUGAAAAUAAAAAAAUUGUUGUUUCAUUUGGACAAAAAGAAGGAAUUAACGUGGGUCAUGUUUUAACUGCAGUAAAUAAUAGUCCUGUUGUAGGACGUGAAUUAGAAAAUGGUAAAGAUGUGAUUGAACUGUUAGAACAACCAGAAAAUUUUCCUGUAUUACUUAGAUUUAGCCGUGCUAGAAUGACAACCAAUGAAAAAAUUUUUUUAGCCUCAAUGUUUUAUCCUUUAUUUGCAAUUGCCAGUCAAUUAAGUCCUGAACCACGUUGUUCUGGCAUUGAAGUUUUAGAAGCUGAUACAUUCAGGUUGCAUUGCUAUCAAACAUUAACUGGAAUAAAAUUCAUAGUAGUGGCAGAACCCACUCAAAGUGGAAUAGAAAUUCUGUUAAAAAGAGUAUAUGAAUUAUAUGCUGAUUAUGCUUUAAAAAAUCCUUUUUAUUCAUUAGAAAUGCCAAUCAGAUGUGAAUUGUUUGAAACUAAUUUACAAAGUUUACUAGAAAAUAUUGAAAAGUCUGGUUCUAGCAAUGUAUAAGUAAUAAAUUAUUAUCUCAUAAGUAAUAUUAGAAAUGUAAAACAUAUAUAAAAUAUGAUUAUGUUAAUUAGAUUAAAUCUUA